CCGGCCACUCGGCCGCCCUGCAUCCCCGCCGAGUGGAGCCGAACGGGAGGGAGGCGCCGGCCCUGGACCACAGGAUGGUGGCGGGGCGGUCUCGGGUUCGGAACCCAGGGAGCUGGCUGGUCGCCGGGCUGUGGCUGCUGGUGCUCAGCGGUCCUGGGGGGGUUCGUAGCGCCCAGGAGCAACAGUCCUGCCAGGGAGCCUUCGAUCUGUACUUAGUCCUUGACAAGUCUGGGAGUGUGGCACAUAACUGGAUUGAAAUUUACAAUUUUGCCCAGCUGCUCACGGAGAGAUUUGUCAACCCUCAAAUGAGAGUCUCUUUCGUUGUGUUUUCUUCACAAGCAUCCGUUAUUUUGCCAUUAACUGGAGACAGAGGUGAAAUUGCCAAAGGGUUGGCGGACUUAAAACAAGUUCAACCCGGAGGAGUGACAUAUAUUCAUGAAGGACUAAAGCUAGCAAAUGAACAACUUCAGAAAGCAGGAGGCUUAAAAACCUCCAGCAUCAUGAUUGCUCUGACAGAUGGGCAGCUGGAAGGUCUGGUGCCAUUGUAUGCAGAGAAGGAGGCAAAAAUAGCGAGGUCACUUGGGGCUAGAGUUUAUUGUGUUGGUGUCCUUGAUUUUGUACAAGAACAGCUGGAAAGAAUUGCUGAUUCCAAAGAACAAGUUUUCCCAGUCAAAGGUGGUUUUCAAGCUCUCAAAGGAGUAAUUAAUUCUAUAUUAGAUCAGUCAUGCACUGAAAUCCUGGAAUUGCGACCAUCAACUGUCUGUGUGGGGGAGGAAUUUAAGAUGGUUUUGAAUGGAAGAGGAUUCAUGUUGGGGAAACGAAAUGGCAGUGUGCUUUGCACAUAUACUUUCAAUGAAACAUACAGAAGGAGUGUAAUACCUGUAAGCGUGCAAAAAAAUUCUAUGCUUUGUCCUGUACCUGCUUUGCACAAAGUUGGAGACACUCUUAAUGUCUCAGUGAGUUUCAAUGGAGGAAAAUCUGUCAUCUCAAGCUCAUUAGUCGUCACAGCUACAGACUGUGUGGAGGAGGAGGAACCAAUGCCUACGAAGAAAUGGCCAACUGUCGAUGCUUCCUAUUACGGAGGUAGAGGAGUUGGCGGAAUAAAAAGGAUGGAGGUCCGUUGGGGAGAUAAAGGAUCUACUGAGGAAGGGGCAAGACUAGAAAAAGCCAAAAAUGCUGUGGUCACAAUUCCUGAAGAAGAAGAGGAACCGGUCAGGCCAAGACCACCUAGGUCCAAACCACUUCACCAGCCUUCUCAGACAAAGUGGUACACCCCAAUUAAGGGGCGUCUCGAUGCACUCUGGGCUUUGUUACGGCGGCAGUAUGACCGUGUGUCCCUGAUGAGGCCUCAGGAAGGAGACGAGGGUCGGUGCAUAAACUUUUCUCGAGUUCCAUCUCAGUAAAAGCAAAGCAGGAAAACCAAAAAGGUACUAAGAAGGUGUUACAUCUUCACACUGCUAAUUUCCCACCAAAUGAAAUCAGAAAAAGGAAGACAUCUCAGAAGAUUUUGGAAGAGCAACUUAAUCCCUCUUAUGCAUAAACUCUUUUCUCCGCCUUCCGCUUUGCUUGCAGCAAACAUUUCCAAACACGUGUUCUACAUAGGAGUCCAUAAAACCCAAUGCUCACGCAUGAUUAAUGACCUUGAAAAUAAUGAGGGACCUUGGUCUGCUUGCGAUGGCUUCUAUAAGAACGUUGAUUUCAGUGUGCAGAAGAGGAAGGAGCAGAACAACAAUCAGGACAUGCACCCGCGGGAAGAUGGUAUCCAAACAGGGAUCUCAAGAAAAGUAGCCAGGAUGGGUCUUUAAUGGAGAGAGGAGUUUUCUUGCAUGGAAACAUGGCGCUUGGUUUUACACGACAAGAUCAUUAGCUCCGGGCAGAGGAUAAAAUUUCCCACCAGGCUAAGCAAAUAAAGGAGUCCCUUGCCUUAUAACUAAGUCAGGUCACAAAAUCCUCCCAAGUCUCCUAUCACAGUGUGCCUUACGGGAAGCUUCUGACUGGAAAAUCUUGUCAUUUUAACACUGAAAAGUGCACACGCAUGACAAAAUGUAGACAGGAUGCCUCAAGGUAUCAGUAGCAAGCAAGAUUUUGCCCUUUAGUUUUUGAAGAAACCUUUCUUUCAUUAUGCACUUGGGACAAGAAGAAAAUUAAUAGAGCGUUAUUCUUCAGAAAGACAGUCCCUACCCAGCGAUCUUGAGUGGAGUUUAAGGGACUCAUGAUUUGCAACUCUGUCCCUGUGACUGGUUGGUUUUCCAAUUAUGUUGUAUGUUGAGGUUUUAGUAGUGCAUAAAACAUUAAUAUCUGUAAACAUACUUAGGAGUGUGUUUUGUUUUUAAUUUAAAGGAAGCCGUAACCACAAAGCUUCCGCUCAGGGUUUUUUAUUCUCCAAGUCUCCAAGGGCUCUUCAGCGUCACAAGCCAGCAACUCUCUUUGCAUGAAAAUUUCAAAGUUUAAUUAAUAUAAUUAAAGGCAACAGCAAGCAGCAGCCUGUGAAGAUUUUGCUCAUCUUUUUUAUGCCUUUUGACAUUGAAUGACCUAUUACUGUAUGCACAUUAUUUGGAUUUUGAGGGGCACUCCACCUUGGCUAUGAUUCAUAGAGGAAAAAGACUUCUUUUCAUCAAUUUCUAAAUUAAACUUUCAGGAGGAUUGGCCAUCACAAACAUUGGCGAUGUAUGUAUCAUAAUUUUUCUUUUUUUUUUUUUAGCAAAACACCGCCGUGUCACGUCGGCUAUGCCAAAUGAUGUUAGCAUGGGUGGAAAUGCUGGGGGUGGGGGGGAGGAAGGCAGCAGCUGAAGGAAAAGCUCAAAUGAUCUAGUCACUUUCGAUCCUGUACUUCAGACGCGAAAUGGAUAUUCGACUCGAAACCUGACAACGAGCGCCUGCUUUGAUGGGAACUGGUACAGACAAUGACCAGUGGCUGGUCAGUGGGAUGUCUCUCUGCGAGCACAAAGGCUUAUCAAAUGACACUAAAAAUAAGUUCAGCAACCAUCACAUCGGAAGGGAGAACGUGAACAUUUUAUGUUUGGCGGGCAUGUGUGUGCACAAGACGGAAAGAGCGAGCCGGAGCAUCCGGGUAGAAUCACCUCCAUUGUGCUCUUAAAGGACGCUUCAAGAGACCUGAGUGAUUGUGUUGGUUCAUAUCCAGAUUUGUAGUACUGCUCCUUACACACACACACACACACACACACACACAGUAUAUCUAUAUAUACAUAUGUAUCCUCUAGCUUGAAUCUUUUGCUCGAGUUUAUUUAUGUCACUGGCUGGCUGGGUCCAAAGUCACAUGCCCAUGUAUUCAUAAAUAAAAUUUUGUACCUGUG